AUUAGGCAAAGAUGUCGGAUCUAUACCCGUCGCUCACGCAAUGUGCAGUAGUCGCUACGGCCUUCAAAAUUCUGUUGUGGCCAGCAUANNCAAAUCGACCGACUUCGAAGUACAUCGCAAUUGGUUGGCUAUAACCAAUUCUCUCCCAGUCAAGGAUUGGUACUAUGAGGUACUCAAUCUAUUCGAAUGGUGCAUGUCUCAAGCUGCUCGAGUCUUUGACGCCGAUAUGCUUCAAGUCAAAAACCUUGGACACUCGAGUUGGCAAACAGUUUACUUUCAGAGAGCUACAGUGAUUCUGACCGAAUUGGUUCUCCUCUAUGCUCUUCAGCUGUAUGUACGAAUGCUUACGAGUCAAAAGAUGGUCACUAAACAGUUUAGAUAUGUUCGCGGUGCACCAAUCACCGCUAAGAAGACAUCGCACGUUGCUGCGCUCUCUAUUCUUCUAUCUCCUGGUCUGCUCAUCAUCGACCACAUCCACUUCCAGUACAAUGGCUUCAUGUACGGGAUCCUCGUCCUCUCCAUCGUAUUGGCCCGUAGACAAUCAGGACUCCUGGCCAGUGGCAUUACAUUCGCAAUCUUGCUUUGUUUCAAGCACAUCUACCUCUACUUGGCACCAGCAUAUUUUGUCUUUUUGCUACGUGUGUAUUGCCUUGACCCUCGAUCGUGGUUCAGAAUCCGCUUCGCCAAAUGUGUCAAGCUUGGAUUGGGAAUCGGGAUUGUCUUUGGUCUUGCAUUUGGACCAUUCGUAUACUGGAACCAGAUGGACCAACUCUUGAGCCGUCUAUUUCCUUUCUCCCGGGGACUAUGCCACGCAUACUGGGCUCCCAACGUGUGGGCAUUGUACUCUUUCGCCGACAGAAUAUUGAUAUACCAAUANGUGGCUCCAUACCUCAACCUGUCUGUCAACCGAGAAGCUAUCAACAGUGUUACUCGUGGACUAGUUGGAGACACAUCCUUUGCUGUGCUUCCCGACAUCUCUCCGAGAAUGACUUUCGUUCUCACUCUAGCAGCGCAAAUACUAUUUUUCCGACCAACUUGGGACACUUUCGUAGGGGCUCUGACCCUAUGCGGAUACGCAUCCUUCUUGUUCGGCUGGCAUGUCCACGAGAAGGCAGUUCUGCUGGUGAUCAUCCCUUUCAGUUUGAUUGCACUCAAGGAUCGUAGACAUCUCGGAGCUUUCAGACCUCUUGCGGUUUCUGGUCAUGUUUCGCUCUUCCCGCUUUUGUUCACAGCUCAGGAGUUCCCCAUCAAGACGAUAUACACCAUCUUCUGGUUGGUAGCCUUGUUGAUGGCAUUCGAUCAGCUCGCACCAGCGCCGAGAGUGUUCUUGCUCGACCGCUUCUCCUUUGUAUACAUUGCUGUGGCAAUCCCACUCAUCGCAUAUUGCUCGCUAAUUCACCAGCUGGUGUUUGGCGCAAAGUAUGAGUUCCUGCCGCUCAUGUUCACUAGCUCAUACUGUGCGAUGGGAGUAGUGUCAAGUUGGAUAAGNUUUUUGAUUGUGUACUUUACUUCA